UGGGUUUUCCAUCUGGUGGCUGCUCUUGACUCGCCGCCUGGUUUCGGUCGUCUGGUCCCUGCCCACGGGUGAUCGGCCAUAGGUCGGCGAAGUUUAGCCGCUGCGCUUGCGUCCCUGGGUGUCUCGGGAGCGGUCUCUCGGGGUCCAUGGAGAAGUCGCGGGGAGCCAGAUGCACCAAUGGGUUCCCCGAGCGGGAGCCGCCGCGGCCUGGGGCCAGCCGGCCGGUAGAGAAGUCCCCGCGGCCCGAGGCCAAGAGCCCCCAGCCGGCCGACGGCUGGAAGGCAGAUCGGCCCCGCAGCGAGGAGGAGAACCAGCUGAACCUCCCCAGCCUAGCGGCCGCCUACUCCUCUAUUCUGCGCUCGCUGGGCGAGGACCCCCAGCGGCAGGGGCUGCUUAAGACGCCCUGGAGGGCGGCCACCGCCAUGCAGUUCUUCACCAAGGGCUACCAGGAGACCAUCUCAGGUGGUCCUCAGAGCACUCACUGGUCAGGAGCGUGCUCUCUCCCUUCCUGUGGAUCUCACUGUCUCCAAGAUGUCCUGAAUGAUGCCAUAUUUGAUGAAGAUCAUGAUGAGAUGGUGAUUGUGAAGGACAUAGAUAUGUUUUCUAUGUGUGAACAUCACCUUGUUCCAUUUGUCGGAAGGGUCCACAUUGGUUAUCUUCCUAACAAGCAAGUCCUUGGCCUCAGCAAACUUGCCAGGAUUGUAGAGAUCUAUAGUAGAAGACUACAAGUUCAAGAGCGCCUCACCAAACAAAUUGCAGUAGCUAUCACAGAAGCCUUGCAGCCUGCUGGAGUUGGGGUAGUGAUUGAAGCUACACACAUGUGUAUGGUAAUGCGAGGGGUGCAGAAAAUGAACAGUAAAACUGUGACCAGCACCAUGCUGGGGGUGUUCCGGGAAGACCCGAAGACUCGGGAGGAGUUCCUCACACUCAUCAAGAGCUGAGCUUGGGCGUGCUCGGUGGCGUGCAGCUGCCACCACUGCUGGCAUUGUCUUUCUUGGUCGUGCAUUCCAUUUUCAAUUGGUAUACAUGUGAACUUCAUUCCUCAUCAUGACUUGUAUUUAAGAAUUAUUUAUAGAUAACUCAAAUAAAAAUAAUUAACCAAGAGGUGAGCCCUCCACUUUCUUCUGGCCAUUUUUUUAGUGGCUAUGUUAAAGUGAACUGCCAACAGUGUAGGUUAUAUGCACCAACCACUGCCAUCUGGAUCACCUGAGGGUGCUGGCAAGGAGGAGACUCAUGUAUUUGGGUGAAAUCGUAAUCUGACUCAUUAGCAGAGGGGCACUGGGCACUGAAGGAACUAUGGCCACUACACUGUGUCUUCCUCCUCCUGUAGACAUGGUAUAAUGCUGAAGAAAGUGCUAGAAACAGUCUACGUAUAAUGUACAGCUUUGGUCUGUGAAUUCAAAGACCCACGGGCUCUACUCUGCCUUGACCAUGUUUCUGAGAACAGCAGUGACAUUUAUUUUUGAUAUAUUUAUUAACGUUCCUGCUGUAACAUUAGUCUCCAAGGGAAAAUGGUGGAAUAUUUGUGUUUUUAAUUUUGUGGCUGAGUUAAAAAUGCACGUUUUUCAGCUUCUAUUUUUUAAAAUUUGAGUACAGGGAAUUUAUUCCUGGAGUUGUUUACGAUUUUAUUCUCAUGUCAACAUACAGGGAUUUAGAAGUUUAACUCUCUGUGCCUUGAGAAUAUCACACCAUUUAGAGUGUAGAUACCUUUUCAUUUUUUAAAGAAAGCCAUUAUUUUAUAAGUUUCUAAGUGCCAACUCUGCACAUAAUGAGUUAUCACUGGUUUCCCUUUAAAAGUUCCUUGGAAGUUUACUUUGUGUUUCCCAAACAGAUGCCUCAAAGCAGUUUUUUAAAAAUCUUAUGAAAUCUUUUUAAGUAUUUCCAGGAUCUUUUGAGAGUGCCCAUCCCUAUCAGGUCUGCAGACUCCCAGCUCUUCUGGACUGGAAGGAGCAUAGAGUGAGCUGACGGAGGCCUGCAUGGGGGCUGUGCCCACUGCUCUGGCCAAGCCUACUGUUGCUGUUGGUGUCCAAGAAGAUGCACUGGGGACUCCUCUUUAGUUUCCUUUCUGGUCCAUGUGGGUCUUGUCUUCAGUGUAAGUCUGUUCAGACGUGUAGGGAUUUCGGUUUAAGAAGCUUGCCUUAUUACUAUUUAUCUUAAAAUUUCCUCACCUGGGGCAGUGUGGGCCAAGUUAAAGCACAGCACCCCAACUCCCCUGCAAAAACACAAACAGUUGUGCCAUGAAGAAGCCUCUCAUUUGGUUGACACAGAGCUCUUUGAAUCGAUCCUGUUCCUUAACUAGAAUGAAUCACUUUGCUUGCUUCCUCUGGCAGUCUUGUCUCUGCACUUAGACGCUCUUUAACUGAUGAUCAAGAAUGAUGACAGAGCUGCUUUUUUCAUUUUUUACUUUAUAAUUAAUUUUAAGUUCUACUUUUCCCUGGUACUUUCUGUAUCUGGAGUUUCUAAAGUAGUUGUGGUUGAUUUUGAGUUCCCCUUUAAAUCUAACCUGGUAGGAACCAUAGCCUAACUUGAUAGACAUUUCUAGGUAGAAUGCUAAGCAUUCAACUCAUGUUUGGUAUUUCACAGUAAAAAAAGCAACUGUGACUUAGAGGACCAAAGAAAUUGUUAGCUCUACCUUUAUCUUUUUGUGACUGCUUGCAUUCCUUUCAAGUGACUCUCCAUUGAGACAUUCUGUGGAAGUGUUUUUAGAAAUCUCUGUUGUCUCAUCCCUACCUGUGAAGUAACAAUUGUCUGUUUCACUCUGGUCUGUAGUGCUUCAAAAUUACCUUUUCAUAUCCAUGAUGCUGAAUUCAUUUGGGGGAUUUUUAAGAAUUUGAUGCACUUAAAAAUACUGUUCAAUUACACUGUUUGAAUUUUCUGUAUGUAUAUGUGUGUUCCUGAAGUUGGUUCUAUUUAAAUUAUUAAAGUGUUAUAAUUUUG